AUGGCCGGCGAGGGCGACCCACCGCCCGACCUCAACAGCCGGCAGGGCGAGGGUAGUGCGAGUGCGAGUUUUCUCCGAGCCGCCCGUGCCGGGAAUCUCGACAAGGUGUUGGAACUGUUGCGCGGCGGGACCGACAUCAACACUUGCAAUGCAAACGGUCUGAAUGCUUUGCAUUUAGCAUCGAAAGAGGGUCACAGCGAGGUCGUACGAGAAUUACUCAAGCGGGGCGCUCAUGUCGACUCUGCUACUAAGAAAGGCAACACCGCACUGCACAUCUCAUCACUAGCUGGUCAAUCACUAAUAGUUACUAUACUUGUCGAAAAUGGAGCCAAUGUUAAUGUUCAAUCACUCAACGGGUUUACACCGUUAUAUAUGGCUGCACAGGAAAAUCACGAAGAUGUGGUCCGAUUCCUACUAUCACAUGGCGCUAAUCAAGCACUUUCUACUGAGGAUGGCUUUACUCCAUUAGCGGUAGCACUGCAGCAAGGUCAUGAUCGAGUCGUCGCAGUGCUUCUCGAAAAUGAUGCUCGUGGGAAAGUCCGACUACCAGCUCUCCAUAUCGCUGCAAAGAAGGAUGACAUCCGAGCGGCAACGUUAUUACUCCAGAAUGAGCACAACGCUGAUGUCACCUCAAAAUCCGGGUUUACACCGUUGCAUAUUGCUGCUCAUUAUGGCAACGAAAACGUCGCUCAGCUUCUCAUCGAUAAAGGUGCUAACGUCAACUAUCAAGCACGACAUAACAUCAGUCCACUGCAUGUCGCCACAAAAUGGGGUCGAACGAAUAUGGUCGAACUGCUUUUGAAACAUGGAGCAAUUAUCGAUUCACGGACACGAGAUCUCCUCACACCUCUUCAUUGCGCUUCUCGAAGUGGACACGAUCAAGUAGUGGAUCUUCUGCUUGAAAAAGGUGCACCGAUCAGCGCAAAGACAAAGAAUGGCUUGGCCCCGUUACACAUGGCUGCACAAGGUGAUCAUGUUGACUCGGCGAGAAUUCUGCUCUACCAUCGAGCUCCUGUGGAUGACGUCACAGUGGACUACCUAACACCACUGCACGUAGCAGCUCACUGCGGACACGUAAGAGUUGCAAAACUACUUCUGGACAGAAACGCAGAUCCAAAUGCACGAGCGUUGAACGGUUUCACACCGUUACACAUAGCGUGUAAGAAGAACAGGAUCAAGGUUGUGGAAUUACUUCUUAAAUAUCAUGCAGCAAUCGAAGCUACAACAGAAUCUGGCUUGUCACCAUUGCAUGUCGCCUCCUUCAUGGGAGCUAUCAACAUUGUCAUUUAUUUACUACAGCAGGGUGCAAAUCCGGAUGUGGCAACCGUACGCGGUGAAACGCCUUUGCAUCUGGCAGCACGUGCAAAUCAAACUGACGUUGUGCGCGUUCUUAUCAGGAACGGAGCUAAGGUGGAUGCACAAGCCCGAGAACUGCAAACGCCGCUACACAUAGCAAGCCGUCUCGGUAACACGGAUAUUGUCGUCUUGCUACUGCAAGCUGGUGCUAACCCGAAUGCCGCUACUCGUGACCAGUACACUCCUCUUCAUAUUGCUGCCAAGGAAGGUCAAGAAGAAGUGGCAGCUAUCCUGCUCGACCACAAUGCUGAAAAGAAUGUGCUGACGAAGAAAGGAUUCACUCCCCUCCACCUGGCCAGCAAAUACGGAAAUGUUGAGGUUGCAAAGUUGCUGUUGGAACGUGGAACACCGGUAGAUAUCGAGGGCAAAAACCAAGUCGCAAUGCUUUUACUGGAACAUGGAGCAUCUGCCAAGGCUGCGGCCAAGAACGGUUACACGCCACUGCACAUCGCGGCCAAGAAGAAUCAGAUGGAAAUCGCAGGAACGUUGCUUCAAUAUCAUGCUGAUCCAAACGCGAAAUCUCGAGCAGGCUUCACCCCUCUGCACUUGGCAGCUCAGGAAGGUCAUCGGGAAAUGUCUGCUCUCCUUAUUGAGAAUGGAUCAGACGUUGGUGCUAAGGCUAAUAAUGGUCUGACAGCCAUGCAUUUGUGUGCACAAGAAGAUCGAGUACCUGUUGCUGAAGAAUUGGUGAAACACAAUGCAGAUGUGAAUAGCCAGACUAACGCCGGUUACACCCCACUUCAUGUUGCCUGUCACUUCGGCCAGCUGAAUAUGGUUCGCUUCCUUGUUGAACAUGGAGCAAACGUUGGCGAGACUACUCAUGCGAGCUAUACACCGUUGCAUCAAGCUGCACAACAAGGCCAUAAUCACUGUGUGCGCUAUCUACUCGAACAUGGUGCAUCGCCGAAUGCUCAGACAACUAACGGACAAACACCGCUGUCGAUUGCCCAACGUCUGGGCUAUGUCUCCGUUGUAGAAACGUUGAAAACCGUGACGGAAACGACAGUCAUCACUGAAACAACAACAACAACAGCAGAUGACCGCUACAAGCCACAGAAUCCUGAAGCGAUGAAUGAAACAAUGUUCUCAGAGAGCGAAGACGAAGGUGCCGCUGCAGAACAUGAAGCCGCCACCGCUCAUGUGAAGGACUUCUCCGACACGCUCACACAAGGCUUGGCCGAUUCGACGGGAGUGCACAUGAUUCACACCGGCGAACAGCUGUUAUCCAAGAGCGCUGAGUUUGAUGGAAGCACCCCAAGAAUAGCGACCGUAGCGACGGUCGAUGGACCCGACAAAUUGGAUGAACUCAUUCGAAAAGCACAGGCUCAACCAAUGCAUACCGCGGUCAACGACACGUCUGUUUUGGAUCGUUCAUUCACUGCCAAUGACAACGUACCCAUUGGGCAUAAUGUGGCCCAACCCAGGUAA